CAAUGUCCAAACGUUGUACUUGCAAAUUUCACCUUUAUACAAAAACUCAAAUGCUUGGUACAGUGGUACUCAUGGAGUCUGUAUGCCCAAGCUCUUUCCCUUUGGCCUGCAAAAAAGUUGUCACAGUGUCUGAGAAGCAUGACCUUUGGUUGACGAAGAGGAGGAAUAGCACAAGGCUAGGCGAUGGGAAUGCAACAAAAUCUUGUAGAAAGUUUUCCAUGAUCUCGUCUGGAAGAUUUGCAAUGAAAAGAAUAAAACACGGUACCGUUGCUUCAGUAACUGUUGGAAGUUUAGAUUCAAACCCUAAUUACAAAAAGAUCCAAGGAGAUGGUUCUGUGAAGGAUAGGGUGUCUUAUGGUGGAUCAAACUCUACUACUUUUAUGAAGAUGAAUGAAGGCAUUGGAGUCCUAAAUUUUAUCAGAGGGAAGAAUUUUUUCAUCACGGGUGCUACUGGAUUCCUAGCCAAAGUGCUUGUUGAGAAGAUUUUACGAACAGUGCCAGAUGUGGGUAAGAUAUUUCUUUUGAUCAGGGCCGAGAACAAGCAAGCUGCAAAUGAAAGAUUGAAAAGCGAAAUAAUAAAUUCUGAUCUUUUCAAGUGUCUUCGCCAAAUUCAUGGGAAUUCCUAUGAACACUUCAUGUUGAGCAAACUGGUUAGUGUAGUUGGAAAUGUCCGAGAGCCUAAUCUUGGCUUAGAAGCAGACGUGGCUGAUGUGAUUCGAAAAGAAGCGAAUAUUAUUGUGAAUUCUGCAGCGACUACAGACUUUCGUGAAAGAUAUGAUGUUGCUAUUGAUAUAAACACAAGAGGACCUUAUCUGCUUAUGAGCUUUGCGAAGAAGUGCAAGAAACUCGAGCUUCUCUUGCAUGUAUCGACAGCUUACGCUAAUGGAUUAGUGCUACUAGGGAAAGGAAGAGUUAUGGAAGAACCACUGCGCAUACGCAGAGGAGAGAGCAUGGCAGGAGAGAAUUGCAUCAAUCACGAAACACCUGCAAGUCCCUACCCUACUUUGGACGUUAACGGUGAAAUAAAGAUGGCCUUGGAUUACGUAGAUCGAGAUUUUAAAAACAAAGGAUUGACUCGGAAGAUGAAAGAAUUGGGCUUGGAAAGGGCACGAAAAUAUGGUUGGCAAGAUGGUUACACCUUGACCAAGGCUAUGGGAGAAAUGCUAAUUGAAGAAAAUAAAGGAGACAUACCAGUGGUCAUUGUUCGACCUAGUGUUGUUGAGAGCACCUAUAGAGAGCCAUUUCCUGGAUGGAUAGAAGAAACUAGAAUGAUGGAUCCACUGAUUUUAUCCUAUGGAAAAGGAGAGCUCAAGGGGUUUCCAUAUGACCCAAAAGUGGUCCUUGACAUAAUCCCAGUUGACAUGGUUGUGAAUGCUACGUUGGCAGCCAUGACAAGGCAUGGAAUGGCUGGAAAGGGUGACGUUGAUAUCUACCAUAUUGCCACUUCAGUAGCUAACCCAUUACUUCUAGAGGAUCUUGCAUCAUUUGUCCAUGACCACUUCAUUUCAACCCCUUGGAUCGACUUCGAGGGUAGGCCAAUCCAUGUACAGCCCGGCAAGACGUUUAGCUCCAUGGAUGAAUUUUCCGCCGACAUUUGGGGACAUGUAAUUCAGCGAAAUGGAUCCGCGACUAGAGUUGCGGCCAACGGGAAGUUGCCUCAGAAAAUUGAGAGUGUUUGCAGAAAAUUAGUUGAGAAAGCGAAGUACUUGGCCGAUAUAUAUGAGCCAUAUACCUUCUACGCUGGAAGGUUUGAUAACAGCAAUUCCCAGAGAUUGAUGGAAAGCUUGUCUGAGGAAGAAAAGAAGAUGUUUGGAUUUGAUGUGAAGAGCAUUGAUUGGAAAGACUACAUCGCUAACGUCCAUAUACCUGGCCUAAGGAAUCAUGUCAUGAAGGGUAAAGGAUUAAUGCCGAAGGACUAAGUGAAGUAACAUAUGAAUCUUCUUCCAUGGAGUUGCUGGAUUUAUAACAAAUAAAUGUUUGCUGCCUCUUUUAUUUCGAAUAAUUUCUGUGUGGACAGAAAAGCACUGAACUUUUUUUCCAAUUAUAUAGGUACUAUUUAUCGUUUCAAUUAAUAUAGGCUAUAUAGCCUAAACUAGUUCGAAGCUCAUAAAAUCAAAUUACAGAAGGUGGCAACGACUGAUCCCCUAAUUCCAUGAUCAACGGUACUAUAUAUGUAAUAUUCCUAUUAAUGCUUAAUUGUAAGAAUAAAUUUAUGAAUGAAAUCGAACUUCUUUGGCA